AUGGCGGGCAAGGCCCUCGCCAGUGGACUUUGUGAUGCGGCUGCCACGAUCUCGCCUUACGAGGAUGUCAAGGGAUACCUGCAGCAGACUGUGCUACCUGCCCUUGGGCCCGCCAUAGAAGAUCUGUUGCAUCAAGUCCACUCCUCUGGCGAGCUGCAGCGAGUGUUGCGCAAGGAGACCGAGGCUGAGCGGAAGAUCGUCCGGAAGCCAUCCGAAGUACAGGAGGAUCCCCCGCCGGAAAAGAAACACAGCUCGUCGGGAAGCAGGAAACCCUCACUGACCGCUGGAGAAGGAAGUCAACUGUUGCGUCGCUUCAGCAAUGGAUCUGAACUGGAGAAGGUGCCGCCGUCUCCUCCUCCUGCUCCAGAAGCUGCCGCGGAGGAGUCCCGAUUUGAUCCCCUGGUUUGGCUGUCCGACUGUCUUAAGCAAUCGGCCACUGGGGAUGCAAGCUUUCGGGACCAGAUCCGCGAGCGAGUAAUCCAGCAAAUCAAGGCCGCAGAGGCAGCUGAAGAAGCUGAGCGUGCUCGAGCUGAAGCUGAAGCUGCUGCACGCGUUGACGAUGGAGAGAUCACUACCAUCGCCGAGGGGGCCUCUGAGAGUGGAAAUUGA